AUGGCUGCUAAGAAGAAGAUCGCCAUCAUGACCUCGGGAGGUGACUCCCCAGGUAUGAACGGCGUAGUAAGAGCUGUUGUCCGAACAGCACUUCACAUGGGCUGCGAUCCCUACUGCGUGUACGACGGAUACGAGGGUUUGGUACAAGGUGGCGAUCAGAUUCGCAAGGCCUCUUGGGGAGAUGUGCGUAACUACCUCGGACAGGGCGGCACUCUGAUCGGAACCCGCCGCUGCAUGGCAUUUUACGAGCGGCCCGGCCGAUUGACCGCAGCCAAGAACAUGAUCCUUCACGGCAUUGAUGCCCUGAUCAUCUGCGGUGGUGACGGUUCUCUGACUGGCGCCGACAAGUUCCGCGCCGAGUGGCCCUCCUUGGUUGAGGAGCUCAUCUCAACCGGACAACUCAAGAAGGAGCAGGUCGAGCCUUACAAACACCUCAACAUCGUCGGUCUCGUCGGUUCCAUUGACAAUGACAUGUCCGGUACCGAUGCAACCAUUGGUUGUUACUCUGCACUCGAGCGUAUCUGCGAGAUGGUCGACUAUAUCGAGGCUACUGCCUCUUCUCACUCUCGGGCUUUCGUUAUCGAAGUCAUGGGUCGUCAUUGCGGCUGGCUAGCACUCAUGGCUGGUGUUGCGACGGGUGCUGACUUCAUUUUCAUUCCCGAAAAGCCUAGGGAGGAGAACUGGGAAGACGAGAUGUGUGAAAUCGUGAAGAGGCACCGGAGCUACGGAAAGCGCAAGACGAUUGUCAUCAUCGCCGAGGGUGCCAAGGACAGCAACGGUAACAAGAUCACUGCAGAGAUGGUCAAGGAUCUACUUGCGGACAAGAAUGGACUGGCACUGGACACUCGCGUCACAACACUUGGGCACGUCCAGCGUGGAGGUACUGCUGUGGCUUACGACAGAAUGCUGGCAACGCUUCAGGGUGUGGAGGCUGUCAAGGCCGUCCUCGAAGCGACCCCCGAGACCGAAACGUGCUUUAUUGCGAUCACCGAGAACCAAAUCAUCCGGAGACCCCUCAUGCAAGCUGUCAAGGACACCAAGACCGUUGCGAAGGCAGUCGAAGAGAAGGAUUUCGAGAAGGCAAUGUCCCUCCGCGACGCCGAAUUCUCUGAGAUGUUCAGCUCUUACAACUUGACCACGAACGUCAGAGUAGACGAUCAUCAUCUCCCUGAAAAGGAGAGGAUGAAGAUUGGAUUUAUCAACGUUGGCGCGCCAGCCGGUGGAAUGAACGCCGCUGUUCGCGCAGGUGUUGCCUACUGCUUGUCCCGCGGCCACGAGCCCGUUGGCAUUCACAACGGUUUCGCCGGUUUUGCAAGACAUCAUGGCGACAAGCCGGAUGGUGCGGUGAGGCCUUUCGAUUGGCUCGAGGUCGACAGCUGGGCCAGCAAGGGAGGGUCUGAGAUAGGAACCAACCGAGAACUUCCGUCUGAAUCCGGCAUGGAGCUCAUUGCCAACCUCAUCGAGAAGUACGAGUUCGACGGUCUGUUCCUGGUUGGUGGGUUUGAGGCAUACCAUGCGGUCUCGCAGCUGCGCAAGGCCAGAGAAUUGUACCCUUCCCUGUGCAUUCCCAUGGUUCUCUUGCCCGCCACCAUCUCGAACAAUGUUCCCGGUUCAGAGUACUCUCUCGGCUCUGACACUUGCUUGAACGAGCUAGUGCAGUACUGCGACAAAAUCAAGCAAUCCGCCUCGGCUACGCGUCGGCGUGUUUUCGUCGUCGAGACUCAGGGCGGCAAAUCCGGCUACAUCGCCACGCUGGCCGGACUUAGUGUCGGUGCGAGCGCUGUUUACACUCCAGAGGAGGGUAUGGACCUCGAGAUGUUGGCUGCCGACGUUCGUCACCUCCGCAAUAUCUUUGCGCACGACAAGGGCCAGUCCUCUUCUGGUCGUUUGAUCCUUAUCAACGAAAAGGCCGACGACGUGUUCAACGCCAAGCUCAUCGCCGACAUCAUCCGCAAGGAGGCCCGCGGCAGAUUUGAGUCUCGCGACAGCAUUCCUGGACAUGUCCAGCAGGGUGGUGUCCCGUCCCCCAUGGACAGAUGCCGUGCUGUCAGACUGGCAAUCAAGUGCAUGCAGCACCUAGAGGAGUUCCGGCCCAAGUCGCAUAACAGGUGCAAGAGGGACCCAAUGAGCGCCUCUGUUAUAGGAAUCAAGGGUGCCAGCGUUGUCUUUACGCCCAUCCUCGACCUCGAGGACCACGACACGGACUGGAAGAACCGUCGGCCCAAGGACGUUCACUGGGCACACAUGACGGAUGUGGUCAACAUGCUCUCAGGCAGACCCGCCCACCACAGGCCGGAGGAGGUCCUUACGGGGUUGAAGGCUAAGGACGUCAAAAGAGGCCUUGAGGCAUGA